AUACAUGAGAGACACAGCAUGGGCUCCGUCUUGCAGACUGAGAGACUGAAGUCAAGAAAAGUAAAGUUCUUUAAAUCAUAUCUCAAAACUUUCUGACUCAGAAUAGAACGUGCGGUUUGGUCUGAAAAGGCUGAGUGUAUUUAAACUUUGCCCUGUAGGUUACAUAUGAAGACAGUUGACUAAAAUAUCAAACUAUGAAGGAAACUUCCACGAGAAACAAUAAUUUCAAAGUUCCUAGCCCAGUGAAUUCUGCAGAUGCUGAAUGGGGAAGAACAGCGAGUCAAGGUGACUUGGUCGAGCGGCUGCCUCCAGAAGUCACCGUUGAAAUCUUCAGCCAGCUAGACAUUCAGAGUUUAUGCAGAGCAUCUGAGACAUGCUGGAGUUGGAAUCUCACAAUAAGGGAGAGUGAAGAGAUCUGGAAACUUCACUGCUUGACCAUAAGAGCUGUGUGCCAAAGAGAAAUAGAUGAUGACAGAAAAAAUGGUUAUACCUGGAGGGAAACAUUCCUAAGAAAUUACCAGAAGAGUAAAGUGAAGCGUGAGUGGCUAAGUGGCAGAUACAGCAACAUACGUUCUCCCGCAAACCUGCCAGAAAAAUUUAUGUGCCCAAUGGAUGCAGAUACAUGGGGGGAAAUUCUAGAAGCAGAACUGAAAAGAGAAGUUGAAAAAUCGCAGUAGACCUCAUGGUUUUGAUGGUGCAUGAUAAAAUGACUCAGACUGCAGGAGACUUUAAAAUCGGGUAAUGUUUUUCUCAGUUUUUAAAAAAUAUCUAGCAUUUAAAAGAAAACAAAGUUGAAUGUGAAGCUUUGUAUUUUGCACU